AUGACAGAAAUAAAGAUGCAGUUGGAAGACUGGCUGGAUGAUCUGUGUGUCCGCUUCAUCAUCAACUUACCUCGAGAAGAGCUUGAAUCUGUUGAGGAAGCACAAUGGUUCUACGAGGACUUCAUUCGACCGUUGGACCCGGCGCUUCCGUCGUUGUCUCUCAAAGCCUUCGCCCUGCGCAUCUUCCAGCAUUGUCCACUGAUGUCUCAAUGGUCCCACUACCAUCACAUCACUGCGUUUUCCGAAUUCUUGGCCUACAAAACCCGGGUACCCGUGCGCGGUGCCAUUAUGCUCAACCAAGACAUGGAUGAGGUAAAGGGCGCCAACUGGAGUUUCCCACGAGGCAAAAUCAAUAAAGAUGAAAAAGACAUCGACUGUGCCAUUCGGGAGGUGUAUGAAGAGACCGGUUAUGACAAUGACGUCAAGUUCAUCGAGAUCACCAUGCGAGAGCAGCAUAUGCGGUUGUACGACGCUCAUUUCGAGCCGCAGUGGUACAAGCUGUCGGAACUGCCGACCUUGAAGAAGAGCAAGCAGCAGGACCAAGGCUUCGUUGUCGCUAAUGCGAACAAAUUCUAUAUGAAAUGGAUUGCCCAACAGAAGAAACUUGAAGGAAAGGUCCAAGGGGCUCCGAAGCUACCCAUGCCAACGUCUCAUGCCAUGCACAGCUUCACGCCAAACCAGGUCGCUGCGGAGAUGCCUGUUGCUUCAUCCCAGGACGCCUCCGCUCAUCUAAAGCGUCUCUUGAACAUCAAUAAUGGCCUGCCUUCACAGAUCAUUCCACCGUCUGUUACACCUUUGCAGGACCCUGGGGCUAAUGCCUCGAAGGCCGGUUCAUCUCGCGAAUCUGUUCACCAGGUUCCCGAGGCCGAGCAGAAUUCGCCGCCGGCUCCUCUAGCAGGUGGCUUCCCUCAGCAAGGCCCUCAUGGUGGCCUACCUGCAAGCUUGCCGCAAUAUCAACAGCCCCGUCAUGAACCUGGAGCGCACCUGCCGCCUUCCAUCGUCAAUGCAAUGCCUCGCGGCCCACUGAACCAAGUACCUCUUUCGGCUGCUCAUCCAGGGCCAUCUGCCAAUUAUUACGGGGCGUUCUCCUCUCAACAGCAACUUCCGCCGGACUCGUAUACGGACAGAGCUUUAGUGUCAGGCUUCCCUCCUACACCGCAUAAUCAAGCGAUUGGUCCGGCCCCCUAUCAGAAAACAGGCGACCCCCAAUUUUCGCACUCUGGUCGUCAACCUUCUCAAGUUCGGGGGGCAACAGUACCACCAGCAAGCAAUCUGCCUCCACCGAAGCUUACCAGCCAUUCCCUGGCUCUGUUGAGUGUUUUCAAGGACGAAUCUAUCAAAACACCCAAAACACCCAAGGCGACCCUGGUGUCACAGUCUGAGACGGCGCAAACGAAGGAACGAAAACCAUCACAGCACCAGGAUCAGCUCCUUAGCUUACUGAGAGGGUCACCCGCUCCUGCUAGCCCAGGACCGGUCGAACUAUCGGCCCAACCAGUCUCUCCCGCUAGGAAAAAAAUCCUGCAGCGAGCCCGUGGCGAGAGCCCUGCACGUCACACUGGUACAAAUCAGCAUGUGACUUGGCCGGCGGCAAACCCAUGGGCGUCUGCACCAGCAUCUGGCCCCUCAGCAAAUAUACCGCAAUCUGGAGCACCGAAACCAUCGGGUAGAAAGGCGCAGAAUGUGUCGGCGCGCAAGGCCAACAGAAAUGAGCAGGCCCAGGCUCUUGCGUCCCCAAUAACAAUCUUGUCCAGACCACAAACUGUGAAGAAAGAACAACCCCCGGUGCGCACAUCUUCGCAAACCUCUCGUCCUUCUUCUCGGACGCGACCCGCGAAGCCCAGUACUCCCGAACCACCGAAACCGUUCCAGCCGCAAAUUUUACGUCGCUCCGACAACCCGAAUGCCAUCGACCUUUUGCCUAUCCGAACGAAACUCAAUGAGAAUCAAGACCAGCAGGACCCUACACGCGCGACUAGCUCCCCGCAGCAGUCGCAGCCUCAGCCCAACUUCGAUCGUCGACCAAGUCAAACGGUUGCGCAAAAAGAGAUGCUUCUAUCCCUCUUUGGCAAGCCAUCUUCCUCCCCAAGUAUUUCACCUGCGGAACUCAGCGCGUCUAUUCCAAAGCCUUCGGAGGCUUCCUCCAUUGUUAGCCCACUCUCGCCGCUUAAUCUUCCCACCAUUCCUUCAGGGGGGCAGGGAACCCUUGGCCAAAAGGAUACGUCAUCUCACAAAAUGAUGCGUUCCAGCCCAUCUACACGCACAGUAUGUGCGCAAUGUCUCAACCGCGGGCGAUACUUCUCCACAACCAUCCAGCGCCGCUCCCAACAAUCCAGCACCACCAACCCACCCUCCCCGCCAGCAACCGGGUAUGCUCGUCUCACAAACCGGGGAUUAAUCUCCAUCACAGGCAUAGAUAGCACCUCCUUCCUCCAAGGCCUCAUCACCCAGAACAUGCUCGUGACCAACGACCCGAACCGCGCAACCCGUCGAACCGGAUCCUACACUGCCUUCCUAAACUCCCAAGGCCGCAUCCUCAACGAUGCCUUCAUCUACCCUCUCCCCCAAGCAGAGGGCACAUCACCAGACGAACUCGCAUGGCUAGUUGAAGUGGACAAGAACGAAGUCACAAGUCUCAUGAAACAUCUCAAGAAACACAAACUCCGCGCGAAACUCAAACUACGUGCUCUCGACGACGGCGAACGCACCGUAUGGGCCUCCUGGAAAGAUCACAGCGAGCCUCGAUGGGCAGCAUAUAAUCUCGACUCGCAGUCCUUAUCCCCUUUCGCCUCGUCCUCGACAACAGUCACCGGCUGUGUUGAUACCCGAGCACCGGGGUUCGGGUCCCGACUAGUGACGCCCGGGGCGGAAGAUCUCAGGACACAUCUCGCGGAGGAAGGAGAGGUUUCUGGCUCCGAGGUCGGACUAGGAACCUAUACCGUGCGACGAAUGCUUCAUGGUGUGGCGGAGGGACAGUCAGAGAUUAUUCGCGAAUCGUCACUUCCGUUGGAAUGUAACAUGGAUAUGAUGCAAGGCAUUGAUUUCCGCAAGGGCUGCUACGUUGGUCAGGAACUUACCAUUCGGACUCAUCAUACGGGGGUUGUGAGGAAGAGGAUAUUGCCGGUUCAUUUGUCUGAGGGAGUCCGUCAGGAUGGUGUUGCGUCGGCGGAUACGCCCGUGUAUGAUCCCUCUGUGGAGAUCGGCUUGCCGCCAUCUGGGUCGAAUAUUUCGAAGGUCAGCGCGCGCAAGGGCCGCAGUACAGGGAAGUUCUUGGGUGGGGUUGGGAAUAUCGGGCUUGCGUUGUGUCGGUUGGAGAUGAUGACGGAUGUUGCUUUGACUGGGGAGCCUACGCAGUAUAGUCCUGAUCAGGAGUUCAAGGUUUCGUGGACUGGGGCCGAAGAUGGGUCGUCUGAGUCUGGGGAGGUGAAGAUCAAGGCUAUUGUUCCGCCUUGGACAAGGGAGCAUAUUUAUAAUGGUGGGGUGAAGAAGAAUCAGGGUCGUAACCAUGAAAUGGACAGCCAGCGGGCUAGGGAACUGUAUGAGGAAUUGGAGGAAGAAGAGGAAACGUCACGACGGAAUGAUUAAUUGUUUAUAUAAAGUGUAUCAUAGAACAAAUGUACAAUAUCUCAAAAUGGACCUGUAUAGAUGCAAU